UCCAAACCAAACCCUUGGAUAUUUACACUCACGAAGGGAGUCCUGCGGGGAUCAAGAAACUCAAAGGAAGCCCAAAGAAAUGGCGAGAGGAGCGGCUCUUCUUCAUUUGUUUCGAUCUCAAAGCAAACAGCUCUCAACCAUCAGAAACUUCCACUCAGGCUAUCAUCCUUGUCGGUUUGGCACAUGGCCACACGAUCAGUGUGCCAAACUCAACUUCAACCAUGCCAGUCUCACUGCUACUCAGAAAAGAUGGGCAUCUCGAGCUACAACAACAAAAGAUGACAAUAAGAUCAGCAUUGGACCACGCCGAGGGAAGGAAGCAGGAGAAGAUGAAAAAGAAACUGGGGUGGUGUAUUAUGGUCCAAUCACAUCCACCAUCAAGAAAGUAAAAAUGCUCUCUCUUUCAACAUGCUGUCUGUCUGUAUCCUUGGGUCCAGUUGUAACUUUUAUGACAUCUCAAGAUACAAAUGUCAUCCUGAAGGGGGCAGUUGCAUCUUCUGUUAUAUUCUUCAGUGCUUCAACCACUGCUGCUCUGCACUGGUUUGUUAGCCCCUACAUUCACAAGCUUAGAUGGCAGCCCGGCUCAGAUAGUUUUGAAGUGGAGAUGAUGUCCUGGUUAGCAACCUACAUUCCAAAGACUAUCAAAUUUGCUGAUAUCCGGCUUCCAGAAACCAACAGGCCCUUUGUGACUUUUAAGGCGAACGGAAAUUUCUACUUCGUUGAUUCAGAGCACUGUCAUAACAAGGCAUUGUUGAAUAGACUAACCCCACAGAAAUCAGCUCACGAGUCUGCUUUCAAAAAUUUGUGAUUGGAAAAUUCUGCAAGGUUUCCCUGAGUACGGUAUGACCUGAUUUUACUUCAUGGUUUGUGAUAAGCUCUGGCCUGGUUUUGAGCCAAAGGGCAUUUUCCCCCCCUAGCCUUUUCUACUUAUCGAGACAAUGUUUUCUAGAGUAGGAAACGAAUCAAUAUUUGAAUUUUGAUGUUUGAAGUAAUGGAUAAAUUUACACUUGAAGUUU